AUGCUGCACGCUCUGCCGCUCGCUCUCCUCGCUUUCGCACCGCACGUAACGCAGCUGCGUACGCCUCCCAACUGCCGCGGAGGAGACCGCCUCCCAACUCAGCUACCGUCGCGACGCAUCUCAGCUACCGUCGCGAGCGCGGCGGCGAGCGUCGCGGCGGAGGAGACCGCUGCGACCGCCUCGCCAGAGCAGAACAACCCCAUCUUUCUGGACGAGUCGGCAGCGCUCGCCGCCGCAGGCUUUGCGCUGCAGCCGCCAGAGCUGAUCCAGCUCGCCAAGCGCUUCCUCGUGAGCAAAGGUGGCUUUGGCGCCGACGCGGAGCUUCUCGGCGACGACUUUGCCUUCGUCGGGCCGGUCGUCGGCCCACUGUCCAAAGAAGAGUUUCUCAAGGCGAUUGGCUCGGUCGACGUGCAAAAGGGAUUCCCAGACUUUAGCCCACAGUUUUACGGCUUCCAGGUCGACCCGCUCGAGGGCAACCGCGUGUGGUAUGUGGCGAGAGGCCGCGGCACCAACACCGGCCCGUUCCCUCCCUUUGCACCUGUCCCGACGGGGCGCUCGCUGGUCAACCCGCCGCAAGCCUGCAGCCUCACCUUCGACGAUAAGGGACUCGUGACCAAGUACACUAUUGGCGUGGUGAUGGACCGGCAAGUCGGCAACACGGGAGGCCUGGGCGGGCUGUACGGCAUCCUCUAUGCGAUCGGCAGACCGCUGCCCUUUCCCGAGGCGCAGCCGUGGCAAAUGUCGAAACGGUACAGGCUCUUCCAGGGCGUGGGCAGCCUGGUUGGCGCGCUGGCGGGCAGGAAGUGA